AUGAUCAGGUCUCAGCUCCCAACACCAACAUGUUAUGAUUUUAAUGGCGAUCCAUCUCACAGUGGACUAUUUUCACGCAUUGUAAGAGGGGAGGAGCAACACUGGCGUGUGUGGGAAGACAAUCAACAUGUAGCUUUUCUUUCCCCAUUUCCUAAUACACCCGGCUUUACUAUUCUGGUGCCAAGACGACCGCUAUCAAGUGACAUCUUUUGUCUAGACAAGAAUGACUACAUUGACCUCAUCUUGGCUGCACGGAAACUAGCUCAACUACUGGAAGAGGGAAUGGGUGCUAGUGGUGUGGCCCUCAUAUUUGAGGGCUUGGAAAUCAACUAUGCCCAUGCCAAGUUAAUUCCAAUUGUCACAAAGCCAGGUGAAAUACCUCCCACUGUGCCUACUAAUUUCUGUCCAAUCUAUCCCGGAUAUGUCACAUCUGUAGAUGGUCCUCCAGCAAAUGCAGAUGCUCUUAAAGAACUCCACACCAAAAUUGCUAAGACAACACCACCUCACACUUGGGAGAAUCCUCAAAGCCACUCCAUAUUAGCCAUCAAGAGCCAAUGGUACCGCAAUCUCUUUCAGAUUCAAAAUACUCUAUUCCACACUACGGUGGAUUACUUCAGUAAAAAUUGCAAGUACUCAUAUGCUCUGACACCAAUCACAACUGACACCAUUUCUUCACCAAUGGGCCUAGGGUCUGACUCUGAGCCUGUUUUUGUCAAUAUGCUAGGCCAAGAUGUAUACUUGGCUGACUCCAUGCAGUUUGUGCUAGAGUACUUCUUACGAUUUCAGGAGGGGCUUCCAGGGACAUAUUAUGUGUCUCCAAGUUUUCGAGGAGAGGAACCUGAUUCGACUCACCUGAAUCAGUUCUACCAUGUUGAGUGUGAGCUGCUUGGUGAUAUGAAUGCUGCAAUUAGCAUAGCAGAAAGCUAUGUGGUCCACUUGACUCAGGCAAUGUUAAAAUACCACUCAAAGAUGAUCCUAAGUGCAGCAGGAACGCUGUCUCAUGCACAGGACCUGAUGAAGAGGAUGGAGAAACCGUUACCAAGAGUGACUCUGGAACAAGCCAUUCCAAUGAUGCCGUCCUCUGACUGCAUUGAAUGGGUAAAGGAGGGGCAGCCACAGUGUGGUAGAAAGCUUACUCGCAAAGGAGAAGCAGCCUUGAUCGAACAGUAUGGCGGUGCUGUUUGGUUGACAGAAAUGGAUCACCUCAGUGUGCCCUUCUAUCAAGCUUACGUUGAAGGUUCUUGUGAAACUAAAGCAAAAGCAGCUGAUUUGCUCUUGGGGUUGGGGGAGACAGUCGGGCUCGGGGAACGACACUCCACCCCUGAGAUGGUACAAGAAGCCCUACGACACCAUGCUGUGCUGGAGGAAUCAUACAAAUGGUACAUCGAUAUGAGGAAAGUCGUUCCUUUGUCUAGCAGUGGCUGGGGAAUGGGAACAGAAAGAUACCUGUGUUGGCUGCUGCAGCACAGUGAUGUUCGAGACAUGCAGAUCAUCCCCAGAAUGAAAGCAAAGAAAUACAUGCCUUAA